AUGGCUGCAACAACCCAGUCCAGCCAUACCAGCACCGACUCCUCCUCCAAUCCCGCCGAGUCUGCAGCCUCUCAACAUGUCUGGAGUUUCCAGCCACCGCGGUUCGAGCCAAUUCAGUACAUCCCGAAGAGAGAUGAGGACCAGAUCCGCGGAUUUGCAGUACUCGAGGCCAGCGCCGUCGCCCACGAACCGCUUGACAACGGCGGCAACCACUGGACGUUCUACCUCACCGUCGCCCCAAACCCCCUCGAUCUUGGAGACCGGCGCCUGGUGCAAUUCGACUCGACACCCAGCGGAACACCCUCCGGUGGCGGAGGCAGCGGUUCCAAAGCAAACGUCGUCAUCAGCCUCCUCGAGGAUCGGGAGUUCAGCCGGGCUCAGUGCAUCUGCCGACUAAAGACCCGGGAUUCUCUCACGGUCGGCGAUUUUGUCGACGCCAUCACCGAUCACGGGAGGGAAAAGUAUGACUUUGACGACCGCGGGCGCGGCUGUAAGAAGUGGACGGCCGACCAGAUGGAUUUGCUCUUGGAAGUCGGAAUCUUCGUCCAGGAGGAAGACGUCGCGAAUGCCAAGAAGGACAUGAUGUUCCAAUGGGACGGGUUCCGGCGGUCUGGCGAUCAUUCUGAGUGGGCUGUUGGGGUCUACUACCAGUGA